CAGCGGCCGAGUGCGCAGGCGCGGCCUUCGGGUUUCCCCGGCUACGGUCGGCGCUUCGGGCCGCUAGUCCGCCGCCGGCUCUUCCGCCGCCCUGCGCCAUGGCGGGCUGCGCGGCGCGGGUUCCGCCGGGCUCCGAGGCGCGCCUCAGCCUCGCUACCUGCCGGCUGGGCGCCUCGGUGCUCGCCCUGCCGCUGCUCACGCGCGCCGGCCUGCAGUGCCGGACCGGGCUGGCGCUCUACGUGGCCGGGCUCAACGCGCUGCUGCUGCUGCUCUACCGGCCGCCGCGCUACCAGAUAGCCAUCCGAGCUUGUUUCCUCGGCUUUGUGUUUGGCUGCGGUGUGCUACUAAGUUUCAGCCAGUCCUCCUGGAGUCACUUUGGCUGGUAUGUGUGCUCGCUGUCAUUGUUCCACUAUUCUGAGUACUUAGUGACAGCUGUCAAUAACCCCAAAAGUCUGUCCUUGGACUCCUUCCUCCUGAACCACAGUCUGGAGUACACAGUGGCUGCUCUUUCUUCCUGGAUAGAGUUCACACUGGAAAACAUCUUUUGGCCAGAACUGAAGCAGAUCACCUGGCUCAGCACCACUGGGCUGCUGAUGGUGGUGUUUGGAGAGUGCCUGCGGAAAGCGGCCAUGUUCACAGCUGGCUCCAAUUUCAACCACGUGGUGCAGAGUGAGAAGUCAGACACCCACACUCUGGUGACGAGCGGGGUGUAUGCCUGGUUCCGGCAUCCCUCCUACGUGGGCUGGUUUUACUGGAGUAUCGGGACCCAGGUGAUGCUGUGUAACCCCAUCUGUGGUGUUGUCUACGCCCUGACGGUGUGGCGGUUCUUCCGUGACCGCACAGAAGAGGAGGAGAUCUCGCUCAUUCACUUUUUUGGGGAGGAAUACUUGGAGUACAAGAAGAGGGUACCCACGGGCCUACCCUUCAUUAAAGGAGUCAAGGUGGAGCUAUGAGGGCAGAGGCCUGUGGGACCAGGCAGUCUCUGGCCCUGCACAGCCUAAGACAAAACUACAUCCAAUUGGCCACUGCAGAAUGAGUUUCUUAAUCAUUUUAUAUGUCCCUAAUUACUCCUCAGAAUGUCACCCGAGACCUAACGGUCAGAAGGCCUUAGCACCAAAGGACAUGCUGAAGCAGCCUCUGCUUGUGUGGACUGAAGGUAGACGGUGAACAAGGAGCAUGUUGAAGAGGUUCAUCCCUGCCCUUUUCACAGCGGCAGGGCGAGGACCCAAGCCACAGUCUCAUGCCCCUCAGGCCAGCGUGUAUGUGCACUGUGACCGGAACACUCGGGAGAGGACACUGCCCUCUGCAGCACUAACGCCAGAAUGUGUAGUCAGAGCUGCCGCAUAACAGCAUUCAGAUCGCAUCAGAAACCUUUAAUUUCACCGAAAACACAGCAUAACUUUAACCUUUGUCUGCCCCUAAGUGCACGAGCAUCUGUGCUAACUCUAGAGCUCAUCAUGCGUUUCAUCAUAUUUACACACCAGUUCCCUAAGAACAGCAGUAUAGAUUCAAAGGGACGCCGAUGCUUCCUGCCUUGCUGUUUCCAAGACCAACAGGCAGCACAGACCCCUUCAGUGCUCCGUGGCUUUGAGCAGCCAUUGUACCCGGGCCCGAGGAUGCAGGCCCUGGGGUCUCCUGCAGGCCUGGCCUCACCGAAUCUUUCCCCAGGAAGUAUUUACCAGGUGCCUGUGCUGAUGUUGAGAAAUACUGCCCUCUGUGUGUUUGGUUUUUUUUUUUUUUUUUUUUUUUUCCCCUCUCAUUUUAUCAUAGCUCAUGUUUUGUGUUUUUCUGUUGCAGGGUUAGUGUGUCGCAUUUGUUUUCUGUGUUCUUUCAAAGUAAGUCACCCUUGCUGCUGCUUCAAGUGUUUUGCGUUUGUUUCCCAGAGGGUCCAGCAUAGCUCACACACCUGUGAGUUCAGGCAGUUGACUCUUGAAUAACCUUCGGUUGGGCAACGCGGGCCAGGUCCACUGGCACCCUUGUUCUGCAGGUCUGGGAGGCAUGUAGCAUUGUUGUUGCACAUAAAAGCUUCAAGCAGGUGUGACCCUUGAUCAGUCUGGACUUGGUCUUGAUGUGAGAUCCUUCCAACCUGGGGUUUUGAUUUGUUCUCCAAGCUUCUACUCUCAGAUGUAGAAGUGUCUUAGUGUGCAACAGGCAACAUGAGCACAGCUGGUGAAGAACCACUCUGAAAAUUUGCAUGUGUGUCGGCUAACACACUUGGCUCUGGUAAUCGGCAUGCUGCCUCCGCCUGUCACUUCCUGCCAAGUCCAACCGAAUCCAGAUCAGCCUUUAGAGUGCUCUGUGCUCAGGUUCUCUCAGACUCAAACACCGUCUGUCUGUCCGUCCUUCCUUCUCCCCUGAGCAGAGACAUUCUUAACUGACUCAUUGUGGGGUUGAAAAGAAUGGACACUUAGUAUGCCCUGCGUUCAUUCUAGCCUGCUGGGAAUCCUGAGUAUGGCAGUGUUGCCAAACAUGCUGGCAGCUUGCUGUACCUAGGCUGGGUCUCCAGGUACCACAAUGUGGGGUUGGUAAUUACUGGCAACCUUGGAGCUUGGCUUUGAUGUUGGCAGUGGUGGUGGUGGGAACCACAUCACAGCAGUGCAGCCAGCAGGGAAGCAUGCAUUUACCUUGGUGACCUACGAUUCCCCGGUUGGCUGGCUUAAGGCAGGACUGGUGUCCUCUGCCUCAGCAGAGACAACGGGCUCGUGUGGCUGGUGAGCAGUAGAUGCAGGAACUUAGUGGUCCUGCAGAUGUGUCUGUGAACACUCGGGCCCAGCGGCUCCGGAGGACAUAGUGGUGGAGGGCGUUCUGGCCAUGAGGGUGAUGAGGUUAGCGUGGCUGAGUGCUGAAUAUUGAGACAGCACAGGAUCUUGUCAGACAAGGGGGCACAGUCAGGUGGGGGGUUGGUAUAUUGUAGGAUUCAACCCGAGUUGUCGAAACCUUGGGGGCUGCGUAAAUGGGGAAUUCUAGCUUUUCUUGCCAUAAUAGGUGUUCCAUCAACACGGUGGUGAUCCCAGUCCCUGUUCCUAUACCAGAACUUCUACGAAUCCAGAAAUCUCAAAGACUUGUGGCCUGGUCAGUCAGCUUAGGAAGCCAGGGAGGCAGGCACAGCGGAGAAUUCACCCAGCUGGAAGUGCUCUGGGGCCAGUCUGCAGGCCACAUGCACCACUGAGGAAACUGGCUCACACAGAGAGAGGCCCGCAGAGCCUGAGUGAGCCACCGGGAAAAGACUUCCUUCCUAACAAGCCGGAACCCCAAGACCACUUCAGCCCCUGCUGUGGUGGGGGUGUGACCAGAGCUUUGCUCUAUCCCCCCCACACCCUUCUGUGCUUAGGCCUCCCCAUCAGUAGGAUGGGGUCCGGACCACCUACCUACCUCACAGGGGUGUUGGGAGGACUUUGAGCAGCGUCAGGGUUUUUGUUUUUUGUUUUUUGUUUGUUUUUUUAAGAUAAGAGAGAUCUUAUGAAUUCUUUUGCAGUUUCGUUGUAUCGUGUGUGUGUGUGUGUGUGUGUGUGUGUGUGUGUGUGUGUGUGUGUGUGUGUGUGAGUGAGAAGUUUUAUUAGAAAGGGAGGGGGAUAAAGAGAGGACAGAAGAGAGGAGCUCGUUGAAUAUUGUAUAUCAUACUGAAUGUUAGCUUUUCCCACACUCACGCCUUUUUCUAAACCCAUCUCUUUUGUGUCCUUGUUUUUCCUUAAAAUGAUUUUAUUUUUUCAUUUAAGUUCUUUAUUGACUCUUUGGGAGUUGCACAUCAUUCACCCCAAUUCUGCUCACCUCCCUGUCCGGCCCCCCUACCCCCUGUGUCAGAUUUUUAAUGGUUAGGUGAGUCAGAUGGCAGAAUGAAGUCUUACAGUAGGAGAACUGGGUUUCAAUGUGAUAACUGGAUAUAGCUGAUGUAUGUUCAAAAAACUUUUAGCCUGCUCAAAAGUUGUUUAUUUUUAGACUACAUGGCUUUUUUUUUUUUUUUUUUUUUUUUUUUUUU